CCUCAAGCUGAUCAGUGUGUUGAAUGGACUAACCACCUUGGCGACUCCAGACUUGCAACAGUAGGUAAUGGCAAUGUGAUGGAUGGUUAGAAGCCAAAGUUAAAAGGAUUAUUCCUGGCCAUCGAACACAGAAGGUCUUUGAAGCCAGAAGAAAUCACCUGUCUGGCGGUGACCCAGCACCUCAUCUCAGACAAAGUGGAUGAAUCUAUCAGCUGAACUUUCUCAACCUGUUAACUUACCAUGGUGCCAAGAAAGCUUGCGUGAUUCUAAAAGGUGUUCUUGAAGACAAGCAGGUGGAGUUUAACAGUCCCCUUUGUUCCCAAUGUUCCCAGUGUUUUUAGAGCCCUUCCUUGGAGUUUCUGUCACUUAUCCUCUAAAGGGAAUUUAUUUUGUUGACAUGAUUAGCACCAACACCUCUCAAUCAGAAGCAAAUGAUUUCCAUUGAUGGUGUUUGUCCCCACAAAACUAAAGCCUUUGAAGACUGUCAAUUUCCGAGGAAUAAUUUGGACUCUGACCAGAUAUGGCCAGAGACGUCUGUCCUCUGAGCCAAAUGCCUUUGUCUACAAAGCACGUGCAACGGGUGGGAGCUACUCUGGGGCUUGUCCUCCCUUUCAUCCCCCUACGAUCUCUUAUUUUCUAUUACUUCCUUUCAUGUGCAGCAGCAGCAGGUAGUUUACCUGGCAUAGAAUAUGAUUAUGGCAUUAGCCCCAAAUUUGUUUGUACUCCCAUUCCCCCAGAAGCAGAUCCCAGCUGCUUCUCGCCACCCAAUGUUCCCCAUGGACCAAGCAGUAACAGCCAUAGCAGUGACCACAAUGGUGGGAGCAGGCGAGGCAUGAUGUCCGACGAGGCCAAAGCCACUAUUCUGCACUUGCGUGAGAGCCUUGUGAGGCAGAAGGAAACCAUCCUGGACCAGCGAGAGACAAUCAGGGAGCUGAAUGCUAAGCUCACCUUAUGUGAGGGCUUUGGGGGUCACCACAGCACUGGUCACCAUGACAGUCAUCACGACAACCACCAUGACAAUCAUCACGAUAGCCAUCACGAUAGCCAUCAUGACAACCAUCAUGAAAACCAUCAUGAAAACCAUCAUGAUAACGACCAUAACAACCAUCACGGUACCCACCAUGACGACCAUCAUGGACAUCACGGCAGCCAUCAUGCAUCAUUAUCACUGCACCAUGGGCCUUCAGGAUAUCACAGCAAUGACCACCAUUAUUCCCACGGCAGCCACAGACUGGACCACAACAGGAAGGGCUCGUCAUAUAGCAAACACAGUUCCUUCUCUCCAGAACAGACUGGAAAAACCCUGCAGACACUAAAGGAGAGGCUGGAGAACUUGCAGGCCAGGAACUCCUCCAGCUCCUAUUCCAGCUCCCUGAGAGAACUUCUGCAGAGGAAGAUCAAUGCUUUAGAGGAACAGCUACACAGGUACUACAGAGAUCACCAUGACUAUGGUCACCAUAAUGACCACCAUGGAGAUCAUCAUGAUGACCAUCAUGGCAACAGCCACCAUGAUAGCCAUCAUGAUGGCCACCAUGGCAAUAGCCAUCAUGAUGACCACCACGAUGACCACCACGAUGACCACCACGAUGACCACCAUGAUGACCAUCAUGAUGACCACCACGAUGACCAUCAUGAUGACCACCAUGAUGACCAUCAUGAUGACCACCAUGAUGACCAUCAUGAGGACCACCAUGAGGACCACCACAAUACCCAUCACAGCAACCACCAGAAUAGGCAUUGGUACAACCGCCACACUGGACACCAUAAUCGCCAUCGUGAUCACCAUCGUGACCACCACUAUGAUGGGCACCAUGGUCGGCAUUAUAAUCAUUUCAGCAGCCACCAUAAUGACCAUCAUGACGAUCAUCACGAUGAUCACUAUGGUCAUCAUGAUGACAGUCAUCACAGAGAUCACGAUUACCACCAUCGACCUGGAUACCAUGACAACCACCAUGAUGAUCAUCAUGACAACCACGAUGAUCAUCAUGACACCCAUCAUGGCAAUGACGACCACGAUGACCACCACCAUGACAAUGAUCAUCACCCGCGACGGCUUCCUUACACCAGUAAAGAAACGAGUCUGAGGGGCACUGGACACAGCAAGCUGGAAACAGUACUAAGCCAACUGCACCACAGCAGCACUGACCAUGGGAACCAAAAGCUAAAGAGUCCCACUGCCUUCCUGUUAGACUUCCCCAUGAGGACUAACUACAUGUAUGGCAGGAUGAGGCGGUCAGUGGUGAUGGAGAUCUUUGCCUUGACCAUCUGCCUGUGGCUGAAGGCAGGUGCAGGUCCUGGUCUUGGCACUCCCUUCUCCUACUCGGUGCCCGGGCAAGCUAAUGAGCUGGUACUAAUUGAAUGGGGCAGCAAUCCCAUGGAGCUGCUAAUUAAUGACAAGGCGGCGACUUUGCCCAUAACUAUGACAGAUGAAAAGUGGCAUCACGUGUGCGUGACGUGGUCCACACGUGAUGGUGUCUGGGAGGCCUACCAGGAUGGAGCGAAGAAAGGCACAGGGCAGAACCUGUCAGCCUGGCACCCAAUCAAACCAGGAGGGAUUUUCAUCCUUGGUCAGGAGCAGGACACAAUGGGAGGCCGCUUUGACGUCACUCAGUCUUUUGUGGGAGAGCUGUCAGACCUCCAGUUCUGGUCCAGAGUGUUGACAUCCAGUGAGAUUUACAGCCAAGCAACCUGUGGCGGCCACCUUGUUGGUGAUGUCAUGUCAUGGUCGGAGGAGUCGGUUGAGCUCCACGGAGGCCUCACUGAGCUUUCUUUUGAUCCCUGCCACUAAAGAUGGACGCUGACCCCAGGGCUGUAGGAUUAUCCUUUUCUAGUAAUUGAUAACAUGGUUGUGUCAAAAAUGGCUGACAAGUGGAAAUACAUUAUUUGAUCAUUGGUCAACCAUAAAGCGAUCGUUUCUUUCAUUUCUUCUUCCAUCAUGUUGGCUGCAGAACUUUAAUAGCACAAGCUCAGCUGUGGGCCACGAGCAGUGUGAGGACUUUGGUUGUUUGUUUUUUUUGUAUUUUUCCAUUCCUGCCGGAUCCUUCUGCCUUCUCCACCUACACCCUCACUUCCUCGCUCGAACGCUCCCAGCAGGACACCUUUGAAGGCUCCAAAGAGUGCAGGGCUUUGGAUUUACUGGCUGCACGCUCAUGACUGCAGCACCUCUAAGAGAUCCAACACACAUAAUAGGAUUUCUUUCAAUUGGAACAGGCCCAAAGGUUGCUGGUUUACCAUUAACUGCCCUGCGCUAGCUUGUUCUGUGCGGUUUAUGAGCAACAUAGACAUUACAGAAGGUGAAAGAGAUGCUAAACGAAGCCACAUAGAAACCUGAGUGAGGACUUGUGCGUGCUGCUAAAGAACCGAUAGAAAGGUUGCAGUACACAGCAGGGAAAAGCACUGCAUACUGAUGGUUGUUUUGCACAUUGAGAUUUUGGCAGACUAUUCUUUUUGUAUUAGUAUUUCAUAUUGAAAACUCUAAAAAUAUGU